UUAUUAUCAGUCUCUUCUUCUUCUUCUUAUGUCCUAAUCUCGACAUUAAUCUUCUGUCAUUUACGCAACGUCUCAUCCCUUUGUUGGUAACUCCGAGACUAUUCUUGGUAAUGGACCACUUUUGAAUUUUCUCCAUACAAGAAACGUCUCAUCUUCUUUCUCCCUCUUGUCGGUCACGUUUUGGUGCUAAUCCUUUUCUUCUUACCCUUUCUCUCUUUUCUUUUAUUCCAAAAAUUGUGAUCGGAUCAUUAAAAACAUUUCAAGAAAUUAACUUAUUCUUCUGGUGGGUUUAUACUAUUUAUAGCUGAUUUAAUUGUGAAUUAAUCCUUGGUUCGAGGCUUGAGAUUAUGCAGAAGAAACGAGAGAUCUGUGAGUACAGAGAUAAGCUAGACAAAACCUUGUCUUCUCCUGAUCUCAUCAAUGAGCAGACUCUCAAAUCCCUUCUCAGAAAACAGCUUUACUCCUCCCAAGAGUGUAAUGAGAAUAUAUUGGAUAGAAGAACAGCUGAUGUAUCAAAGCUACUUACCAAGCUUAGGAGUGUUUCCAUGACCGAUCAUCAUGGAAACAGUGAUUGGAAACUGAAACAUGAUCUUGAAGAUUGCCGUGUCAUGUACCGUGAAGGUCUCGAUGGGAGUCCUUUUCACACUAUGCUCGUUGAAGGUUACAUGGAUGCCCCUAUCGAAGAAUGUUUGUGCGUUUCAUGGGAAUCAACCCUAUACAAGAAAUGGUGGCCACAGUUUGCGUUUCCACCAUUUAAGAUCAUACAAAGCACAUGCUUGCAAAAGGUUCGGAUCGGUGAACAAGUAUGCUUCAUAAGGAUGAAGGUACCAUGGCCAUUAGCAGAGAGAGAGCUUAUUGUUCACUAUUUCUUAUUUGAAUACUUUAAAGAUGGCUUGGUCGUCAUCCUUCUCAACACGAUAUCUGAUUUAAAUAGCAUUGGAGUUUCAUCUAAGGAGAUCAACGAAGACGUUAUGUCAGUAACACCUGGUGCAGUGAGGAUUGAUGUCGUAGGAGGAUUUGUUUUACAAAAGGUUACUCCAGAGAGGAGUUACUUCAGGACGAUAGGGGAUAUGGAUAUAAAGCUGGACUUUGUCCCUCCCUCUCUUAUGAAUUUUGUGUCUAGGCAGCUCAUUGGUAAUGGUUUCAGAUUAUAUAAAAAGUCAGUUGCUUCGGUGGCUAAAUUUGAUGAAGAUUACAGCAGAGCUUUAGCUGAUCCGUUGUACACUAAGAUACGUCAAGCUCUGUAUUCAACUGAUAAGGCAAGUGAGGAAGAACCAAAGCUGGAAGCCAAUGAAGUGAAUGGCGAUAAGGAACAUGAUAAUGAUGAAGAUGUUGGUGAAAUUGAACAUGUACACUGUAGAAAAACCGUUCCUGAGAUUGAGGAGGAAAGUAUUUCUUCAGAGGAGGGGAAUAUAAAUGGGAAGACCAAUGGCGACAUCGGAAGACGGUUUUGCAUAAGCCCAGAGAUUAAACAAGCUUUAGGGACUCUAGAUAGAGUGAUAUACAUGGUUAGAACAAAUACAACUCCUGUUCAAGAAGCUGAGGAGUUGUCGCCAGACAGAGGAGAGGAUGACCACAAAAAGCAAGUAAGUCUGUUAGAACAUUUUGAAAAUGUUCCUCAAAAAUCAGAGAGGCAAGAUUUUUCAACCCCAACGGUCAUACAAGAGACGAGCGGUUUUAGUCAAGAAGACAAGAGAGAGAAGGUGACAGGAGAAGAAGAGAGUGGGAUCUUAGAAAAAGGUGGUAAGAACAAGAGCUUGGGGAGGAGAAAACGUAAGACACGCUGCUUGGCUUUCAGGUCCUGGCUCUGAAGGAAGCUCAAGUUCCUAUUGUUCUGCUUCUGCGAAGAGUGUGCGGCAACAUACGAGUUGAUAAGGAUUUGGAUUGUGCUUACUUGAAAAUCUAAUCUUAGAUGCAUGAUCCAUGCAAAAGUUUGUGGAUUCUUUUUUGUAAACUUGUUUCUCAGGAGGAAAAGAUUAUAUACGCAUUUUUCUUUUAACACCAA